AUGUUGUAUUGUUUCAGUAAAGUGGAUAUGGGCGUGCAGGUGGACGGGUUCUCGUGCCCUCUCUCCGUCGCGGUACAAACUGAUGACAACGAUAUGUUCCAGUUGCCGGGCCCCGGCAAGUCUCAGCUGACGGAGGCGGAGCGCGAGUUGUCCCCGCGGUCGGCCGGCCCGCCCGCCCACUGGGGGCAACCACGCAGGCGGAGCUACGGCGACUACGACGUGCGUACAUCGUCCCUGGUGAAGCAAUGCUCGCGCGACAAAUUACCAUCAGAGCCGCGCUUCUCUCGGUCUAUAUUCGAUGCUGACGCCAUACAACUACGCAAUAUGCAAGCUGAGAAGGAAGCAGCAGAACGCCGCCAGUUCUACCAACAAGAGCUGAAGAAUCAAAUUCUUGAACAACAGAGAAUUAGAGAGGAAAGGAAAACUAGGGAGAAAAUGUUAGAACAAGCGGAGAUGCGUCGUCUAGAGGAACAACUGCGCAUGCUACGCGUCGCCCAGGAUCGGGAACUAAGCAAACAACAGGAUAUCACUGCCGCGAUGAAAGAAAACGCCACAGAAUACCACAACAAGCGCACAGAACUACAAAAAGAUAUUGAUAUCGAACAACGCAACCUACGCGUGGCCACGCAACCACUCCGCAACACGCAACAACGCAACAUGAGAGAGACCAACAGAAAUGAGACAAGCCCAUCCAAACUCCCUUUCUACUAUCCGCGCGUACAAGAAAGAACAAACGAAAUAUGUGAUAAAAAACCUUACUCAAUGAACAUACCUGAUACUUCAAUAUUCUCUGCAAAUUACGACGUAGAUUCUUACCUAAGAAAGAAUUUAAAUUUUAACACAAAAUACGGGAAAGACGAUGAAAGCAUCACAGAGAGACAUGACCAUAACAAAUUAAUUGAAAAGGCUUUAGUUCACCGUCCAGAGGAACUGGACCGUCCUAUAGAAGUGAAACCGUCCUACGGGGAGACCAUUGAUAGUUUGCCGAUACCUGUCCUUCGACACUCCCCUAAAAUACCUCUAGAUAUCGAUGAAACUCCAGCAAUGAGUGAAGCUAUGAAAAAAGUAGAUGAUAAAUGGAAAGUGCCUGCAGUACAGAAGAAUAUUUUGAAAGCUCUGCCCAAUGAGGAAGGGAAAAGUGUUAAUAUAUUGACGCAACUCGGUUCUAUAAGGCGGCAGUUGCAAUUAGAACAGUUGAAAUUAGACAAAAUGAUCAGUAAUGAUGAUGUGUGAGUUGUAAGCGGUCAUUGGUUGGAAACUGAUCGAUUCACGUCGCGUACCUUAAGUGGUAGACUGGGGAUAAAGUAAGAAAAUAAUGGUCUUGCAAGAAGUGAUAAGAAACUUGAAUAUCGAAGGUUUACAGCGCUUUGAAAUGUACUAGCGUUACGACGUUAUGUAGUUUUUUUAUGUGAUAUAUACAUAUAUUUAGGUAAACAAGUGGAUGAUCACCUGAUGGGAAACAAUCGGAUAUCGAAGGAUUUGAGGA